AGAAGUUGCCAUUUAAACAUGUGACUGUUACAAGGAAACAUCUUAGUCUACAAUAUUGAGAUGAAGGAAAUGAGAAAAUGACAGACUGCGAGAGAACAAAGGAUUUAUACACGAUUAGAGAUGUUACGCAUGACCACAUUGUCACGGUUCAUGGGAGAGGACAGGUUCAUCUCAUAGGUCUAGGAGUGGACGGAAACAUUCGGACAGUGUCCACAGAGGAGACCAAUGCUGUGGGGGUUUGUGUGGCUCUCAUACAACUGACCAUCACAGAGACCGGGGGAAUGGUGCUAGGUCCGGUCAAUCUGGACUUGUGCUGUACAAUAAACAGUGAAGACCUCACAGGGGAAAUUAACCUCAUCAGCGGUGUCCCCAUUGAAGUGGCUGACCGUACCCUCAGGAUUUAUCAGGGUGGAAUCCCGAGUCGGAAACUACCCCCCACUCCGGGAGUCAAAGUCAAGUCCUCACCCCCACCCAAACCCCGGCGGGACAGGGAGACUGUACAGGAGGCCCCACAGGACAAAGAGAAAAGCCAUGUUCCCUUUAUCGACCUUGAACUUCUCACCAGUAUUAAGUCUACAGACAAGUUGGCAGAUUUGGCAGCAAGUUUCCUAACAAAACAGAUCAACCAAUAUACAGAUACCAAACUGUCGUCUGCCAUCACAGACCAGAUCUUCUCAUUUCUACAGGAAGUAGUAGGGUACCAGAAAGCUAUUAUUGUGGCUUACAUUAACGAGAUAUCUCAGAGUUUGGAGGAGAUGCCAGAGUCGGAGCGAGAUCGACCACUUCACAAGCCAUCAGUCAGGCUGCUCGUGGAACUGCUAAGACAAAUCAUGGACCCCCUGUCACACGUUGUGUUAAGUCUUCAGCUGCUGCGGACCUUUAGUCAUUUUCCAGACAACCUGGUUGUCAUGGUGAACUGCCAGGCGGCGCCAGCAGUGCUGGGUUGUAUGGCUGUGUAUCUAGAUGUUACGGAGAUUCAGCAAUACGGACUGGACAUACUGGCCAAAAUAGCCACCUAUCGCCCGAGACCCGAGGAAAAAAUUCCCCUGAGAGAGACGGCUCUAGAGAUGAUUCUCCGCUCCAUUCAGCGUCACCAGAAGAGCGUCUACAUUGUUCCCCCAGGGUGUAGGACUCUGGUCAACUUGACCUGUACCCUGCAGGAAAAUCUUGACACCUUCCUUUCCACAGAAGUGGGUUCAACCGCAGGUGUAGAGGAGGCCAUAGAGAAAUACGACUUGCUGCUACGUCACAUCUUCCAUCACGCGAUUCCCAUCAUCCAGGCGGUGUUACUGGAAUACCCCAACAAUCUGGACGUCAGGACGGAGGGGCGGCGCUUCCUGUACAACUACUCAAAAAUGACACAAAUCACGCAAAAGAAAAAGUUACGUUCUCUGUCAAAAUCAGCUCCAGAUGAGAGCCCUGACACAUUCACUGAGACACUGACAGUGCCCACGACUUUCAUAUCCAACAACCAGGAAGAAGAACCUUCAGGGAUCCUAAAAAAAACGGAACAGAAGGGCUUCAUGGCCACAUUGGAUCGGAAGGUCCACUUCGCAGAUGACAAAGGGCCUCUGGACUAUAUUACCAGUUCCGAUGAAGAAUCCGACCCUGACCUUCUGACCUCUGGUGUGGAGGCAAAGUUAGAGAUAACCCAGACAGUUAUUCUGAGUGAGGAAGAUGCAAAAGCUCUGAGGGAUGGGUCCUCGUUCAAUCAGGAAACUAAGGGGAUUUCUGAGACCGAGUCACAAAGGGAGACAAAUCAGACGCGACAGAGGACAGAAAACGAAAGGGAAGAACGCACUGAGAAGAGGUAUACGUCGGAAAUGAAGAUCAACUUCAGUCAGCAGGGAGAGAUCGAGGAGGUAGUCACCAAAUGUGGACAGACCGACAUUACCAUAGCAACCAGCCCUUCCGGCAAUAAUUCAGUGUCUGUGUUUUGUCCUACGGUAAAUUGCAAUGGCCAUCUACGCAACUCAGACCCAAUUUGUCAACCGGAAGCUACGCUCAAGUUGAGUUGUGUACCGGAAGUUGAAAAAGAACCCAACUGUACAUCACCUGACAAUAGGAAAGAGACCGCAAAAAAUGAUGAUCAAAUAAGUGAGGUAGGGGAACCAGAACAGAACCAGUUAAACAGACCAAAUGAGACCCGGUUAAACAGACCAAAUGAGAACCAGUUGAAUAGACUGAAUAAGAACAUGGAAGGGGAGGGAAUUCUUGAAGAUUAUGUUGUAAUAGAUGAAUCAAGCCAACAGUCACAGCUGGAAUCCAGUAACCAAGGUAAUACUCUGACCUCGACCUCACAGGACUCAGACGAGGAGGAUUAUAUGCCCAUGGACUGGCCUCAAACCAACGGCAUUAUGUCAGAGGAGGAUGGAAAGAAGAAGGGAGAUGAUGUAUGUUUUAGGAAGAAACAGCAAACGUCGGAGGCACAGGAACUUCGAUACUCGGUGUCGGAUGUGUCGCUGUGUACAAAGAUCAUCAGACUACAGGUGAGUCAGUUUAUCAGCUCUCUAGUGUUUGGAGGUCGAGAUGCUCAGGCUCUCUCCAUCAUAGAUAAACCCCUGAUCAAGCUGUUGGAUGUCAGCGAGGCUCCCCGAGGGUUAUUGACGUACGUCAAAGCUCAGUAUGAGGAGACUAAAACCUUGAUGGACCUCGACACAUCGUUUCUGAUCAGUGUGAUUGACGCCAUUAGAUACAGGUCACUGUUCCACGAGCUUGUACAGAAGUCUGUUUUGGAGGUCCUGAACUGUUUGUUCGGCCGUUACAGUCUGGACGUGGUUGGAGUCGCGAUGUUCUGUCUGAUCGCGGCCUUCCAGAAUGAAUAUCUCCUGUCUCUUCUGUCAGAGCGGACCUUUCUGGAGGAAGUGAGAAGCGCCGUGUCACGAUUAUCUGGUGUUCUACAGACUGACACACCAGCAAUACGAGAACUUCAGAGCAUGGUGUCUAACAUUACUUCCAUAGAAUGAUGCCAUUGUCAGAUUAACGCACACACCCCUCACCCCUUCAUGGUGGAAAUUUGCAAUACAGUGGCUCUGAAAUCAAAACGCAAACAACGGAACUUGUACCAGAGAUAUAUAGGAUCUCCAUAGGGUUUUAUUGCCAUCUAUACAGAGGUAGUCAUGGUGAGAUUGCAACAGAGCUCUGAAUGUAAAACUUUUUAAUUACAAAAAAUGUAGGCCUGUUUAUAUUGAAAGAAAGGUUUUUCACCAAGAGGAGUGUUAAUAUUUCUCAAUUAAUAUCCGAGUGGAUAUAUAUUCCAUACAGCCAUACAGGGUUCUACAUAGCCAUGUUUAACUGUAGAGAUGUCAAAGUUCUACAUAUGUUAAAUGUAGAUGUUUGACAGAUCUAUACAUAGCCAUGUUUAACUAAGUGUUUGGAGUUCUACAUAAUAAUUUUUAUCUGUAAAUGUUUCACAGUUCCACGUAAUUGUGUAUCAGUAUGUGUACAUAUAUCCAUAUUUGAUUGCUAGGACAUGUAUUUUAAUUUUUCAGAUAGCCAUGGUUUCUGUUAAAGGUUUAGAGUAAUUAGCCACAAUGCUAAGUUUUCUAGAUUUUGUACAAAAACUUUUUUAUCAUAACAGACUACACUGCACUGUAUGCAUCUUCGCUAGCCAAAGGUUUUUGGUCCACUAUGCUGUUUAUGGGGAGUGGAGUGGACCGAAAACCCUUGGCUAUAGCGAAGAUUAACUACAUGCAGAAAAUCAUGUUUUGGUUUUUUUUUUUUUUUAUAUCAAGUAGAACAAAUUAUCAAGUCAUACAGACUAAAGAAAAAUCCCAGGGCUCAUUUUUCAUUAGUUUUAAGUGCUUAUCAUUCUUUCCAUCUUUAAGGGGGGGGGGAGAGAGAGAGAGUGGUGUUUUAUACAGCACACCUCAUAACUGGAAGGGAGCUUCCUCCAUAGUUGAAUGUUUAACUCAUCCUUAAUUGACAGGAGACUCCUCCUUAGUUGACAGACAGCUUCUCCUUUAUCUAAUGGACUCCUAAAUUGACUGGAGGUUCCUUCUUAAUUGAAUGGAAACCUCCAUCUUGAUAAAUGUGAGCUUCCUCCUUAAUUGAAUGAGAGCUCAUUUCUGAUGAGAAUUUAGAAAUCCUGAAGUGGAAGGUUUAAGGGAGAAGGAUUCAUAAACUGAUAGAGCUUACUUACCAAUAUCCUUUAUAUAAUUCACAAUAAAAAUGUUCAAUCCAUAGGAUGGUUUCACUUAAGGUUAUCUGUUUCAAACUCUAUAUCUAUAUGCUAUGUGUAUUUUUUGUAGAUGUCAUGCAAUUCAUUGUUCAACAUAUCGUAUCGGGUUUAGUGUGGGAGUAGAACGAUUUUGUUUAACACCAACAAAACAACACACACACACACACACACACACACACACCCUCUGCUUUUCUGGUGUGUGGCAUUGCAUAUGAGGGUAUGAUAAAUCACUGGUGCUUAUUUUCCGUUUUUCCUUACUGGUUUGCAAUGCUUCUAUAUUUUUGUAGAUGAUCAGUAUAUUCUCUGAUUUUGUUGUGUGUUAAUGUGAAUGCUUCUUGCUGUUCACUGGUGCUAACUGUGUAAGGGCUGUCCCCUCUUAAUACGGAGUUUUUAUACAUUAAAAACAUAUAAUAUUCGAGAUUUAGCUCUCUGUUUAUAAAUCUAAUACAAUAAAAUACAUGUAGUUUUUGUUGGCAUUUAUGCAGGUAACCAUGGUAACUCAUGCUGACUGUUGAUGAAUGUUUUGUUGAAUUUUAUCAAGUUUGCACAAAUUUUAAUUGUGCUGACAUGUUUUUUCAUUUAGAAUGUUGUUUUUAAGAAAUUUGUUAUAUUUAAUGCUGGUUGAGAUUUUGUAAUAUAUUCUAUGUGUUAUAUUGUUAUUUAUCAUUUGUGUAACAAAUGCACACAUCCCAAACCAUAACUGUUUAAGAUUUGUACAUUCUGUUUGCCAUUCUACGCAACGAAGUGUUUUUAGCUCACCUGAGCUAAAAGCUCAAGUGAGCUUUUCUGAUCACCCGUAUUCCGGAGUCCGUCCGUCUGUAAACUUUUAACAUUUUUAACUUCUUCUCAAAAACCACUGGGCCAAUUUCAACCAAAGUUGGCACAAAGCAUCGUUAGGUAAAGGGAAUUCUAAAUUGUUAAAAUAAAGGGCCAGGCCACCUUCCAAGGGGAGAUAAUCAAGAAAAGGUAAAAAUAGGGUAGGAUCAUUAAAAAAUCUUCUUCUCAAGAACCACUGGGCUAGAAAAGAUGAAAUUUAUAGAUAAGCUUUAUUAGGUAGUGUAGAUUCUAAAUUGUUAAAAUCUUGGCCCCCGGGGGUCAGAUGGGGCCACAAUAGGGGAUCAAAGUUUUACAUACAAAUAUAUAGGAAAAAUCUUUUAAAAUCAUCUUCUCAAGAACCACUGAGCCAGAAAAGCUGAGAUUUAUAUGAGAGCUUCCUGAUAUAGUGCAGAUUCUAAAUUGUUUUAAAAAUCAUGGCCCCCGGGGGUCGGAUGGGGCCACAAUAGGGGAUCAAAGUUUUAUAUAUCUUCUUCUCAAGAACCACUGUGCCAGAAAAGCUGAGAUUUACAUGAAAGCUUCCUGAUAUAGUACAGAUUCUAAAUUGUUAAAAUCAUGGCCCCUGGGGGUCAGAUGGGGCCACAAUAGGGGAUCAAAGUUUUACAUACAAAUAUAUAGGAAAAAUCUUUAAAAAUCUUCUUCUCAAGAACCACUGAGCCAGAAAAGCUGAGAUUUAUAUGAAAGCUUUUUGAUAUAGUGCAGAUUCUAAAUUGUUAAAAUCAUGGCCCCCGGGGGUCGGAUGGGGCCACAAUAGGGGAUCAAAGUUUUACAUACAAAUAUAUGGGAAAAAUCUUUAAAAAUCUUCUUCUCAAGAACCACUGUGCCACAAAAGCUGAGAUUUAUAUGAAAGCUUCCUGAUAUAGUACAGAUUCUAAAUUGUUAAAAUCAUGGCCCCUGGGGGUCGGAUGGGGCCACAAUAGGGGAUCAAUGUUUUACAUACAAAUAUAUAGGAAAAAUCUUUAAAAAUCUUCUUCUCAAGAACCACUGAGCCAGAAAAGCUGAGAUUUAUAUGAAAGCUUCCUGAUAUAGUACAGAUUCUAAAUUGUUAAAAUCCUGGCCCCCAGGGGUCGGAUGGGGCCAUAAUAUGGGGAUCAAAGUUUUACAUACAAAUAUAUAGGAAAAAUCUUCAUCUCAAGAACCACUGAGCCAGAAAAGCUGAUAUUCACAUGAACAGCUUCCUAACAUAGAGCAGAGUUAAGUUUGUUCAAAUCAUGGCCCCCUGUUAUAGGAUGGGGCCACAAUAGGGGAUCAAAGUUUUACAUACAAAUAUAUAGGAAUUUUUAAAAAAAAAAAAAUCUUCUUCUCAAGAACCACUGAGCCAGAAAAGCUGAUAUUUACAUGAAAGUUUUCUGAUAUAGUGCAGAUUCAAGUUUGUUCAAAUCAUGGCCCCUGGGGGUAGAAUGGGGCCACAAGGGGGAUCAAAGUUUUACAUACAAAUAUAUAGGAAAAAUCUUCAAAUAUCUUCUUCUCGUGAACCAUUGGGCCAAAGAAGUUCACAUUUACAUGAAAGCUUUCUGACAUAGUGUAGAUUCAAGUUUGCAAAAACUAUGGCCUCCAAGGGUAGGUUGGGGCCAUAAUAAGGACUACAGUUUUACAUGCAAAUAUAUAUAGAAAGUCUUUGAUAUGGACUCAGGUGAGCGAUGUGGCCCAUGGGCCUCUUGUUUAUUUUGUGUUCGUGAUGAAUACACUCUGAUCAAUUGGUUGAUUUAUGAUUGUAUGUAAUUAUUUAUUUGAUACAUUCCUUUUCAUCCUUUUUAUCUCCCCUUCCCCAUGUCACAGAUUCACUUAUUUGUCUCUGUAGCAAAAGAAGCUUUGACAUGUUGACAUACUUAUAACUUUGACGUGUUGACAUGAUUAUAACUUUGACAUAUUGACAUGCUCAUAACUUUAACAUGUUGACAUGUUUAUAACUUUGACAUGUUGACAUGCUUAUAACUUUAACAUGUUGACAUGCUUAUAACUUUAACAUGUUGACAUGCUUAUAACUUUGACAUGUUGACAUGCGUAUAACUUUGACAUGCUGAUAGCUUUAACUGUGUUUUACGGUAUAAUGAAGUUUGGUUAUAAUGAACUGUUUUUGCAGGAUAUAGAGGUUCCUUAUAACCAUGUUUUACUGUAUAACAAAGUUUGGUUAUAAUGAACUGUUUUGUCCUAGUUCUGGAGGUUCGCUAUAGCCGUGUUUUACUAUAUUACGAUGUUUGGUUAUAAUGAACUGUUUUUCCUGGCCCUGGGGUUCACUAUAGCCGUGUUUUACUGUAUAAUGAAGUUUACUUAUAAUGAACUGUUUUUCCUGGCCCUGGGAGUUCACUAUAGCCGUGUUUUACUGUAUAAUGAAGUUUACUUGUAAUGAACUGUUUUUCCUGGCCCUGGGGGUUCACUAUAGCCGUGUUUUACUGUAUAAUGAAGUUUACUUAUAAUGAACUGUUUUUCCUGGCUUUGGGGGUUCACUAUAGCCGUGUUUUACUGUAUAAUGAAGUUUACUUAUAAUGAACUGUUUUUCCUGGGGCUGGGGGUUCACUAUAGCCGUGUUUUACUGUAUAAUGAAGUUUACUUAUAAUGAACUGUUUUUCCUGGGGCUGGGGGUUCACUAUAGCCGUGUUUUACUGUAUGUAUUGUUUACUGUUGAUUGAGAGAUAGAAAGUUUUACUUAGAAUCAGUGCAAUAACUUUAUAGCUAGUUCUGAAUUAGAAACGUUCAAAUUUUAGAACAACUACAUAGUAUUGGUAUUCUUACAUCUAUUUUGAUACAUGUAUAUGUGUUUUUUGCCUACAAAAUUCUGAUAUUUUGAACUAGUUUAUUAAUAGGGUGUUUAAUGCUCACAAUUGUAAGUUUUGAUUUUCUCUGAACUUAGCUUUGAAAUAUGAAAAUAUGCGAAUAAAAUUUUUGUACCUCAA